AUGUCGCUUUUCGGUCAACCUGCGGCCCCGUCCACGGGCGGCGGCCUCUUUGGACAAGCCAACAACACCGCAAAUAAGCCCAGUCCCUUCGGCGGAGGUGGUGGUCUCUUCGGAAACACCUCGACGACAAACACCACGCAGCAGAAUACCACGGGCGGAUUGUUCGGAGGCGCGACGCAGACUCAGCAACCGUCGGGAGGAGGUCUUUUCGGCGGCGCCACGAACACGCAGACUCAGCAGCCAUCAGGCGGCCUGUUCGGCCAAACCGCGACCCAGCAGAAGCCAGCCGGUGGUGGUCUUUUCGGAGGAUUGGGGCAGACGCAACAGCCCCAGCAGCAACAACAGCAGACUACUGGAGGGAGCUUGUUCGGACAGAAACCCCUUGGAGGAGGAGGAGGGUUGUUCGGUCAGCAACAGCAGUCGCAGACACCGCAGCAGCAAGGUGGUGGUCUGUUCGGAGGGUUGGGUCAGACGCAGCAGCCUCAACAACAGCAGCAACAACCGAGUCUGUUUGGAGGGUCUCUACUAGGAGGGCAGCAGCAGCAACAGCAACCGGCGCAGCAACAGCAGCAGCCCCAAUUGGGCCAAACUCAGAUGGGUCAGUCAACGGCACAGCUCGGUUCGAGUCUGUGGGAGCCGGGUCGUGCAGUUACCGGAGUCCACCGCACCGUACCGAUGCAGAUUCAGAUCGUGAAGGACAAGUGGGAUGCAUCCAGCCGUGCCUCUCCCUUCCGCGCGUACUUGUAUAACAAUGUCGGCGAAGAAAUGGCACCAUUCUACCAGCCGGGUCCGGAGGACGAUGAUACGAAAUGGGAGGAUGCGCUGCGGAAGCGGCCUGAUUCGGGAUAUGUGCCUGUGCUCGUCAAGGGCUUCUUCGAGCUGGGCAAGCGCGCGCAGCGCCAGAAGGACUUCCUCACCAUGAUGCAGACGCGACUGCACGAGAUCAACAACUGCCUGUCUGAUCUACUGUCUCGGCACGAUCUGAAGAUUUCGGUCAAAAUUGCCGACUGCCGCCGGAAACACCUCGUCCUCAGCAAGCGGUGUCUGGCGCUUGCGGCUAAGACGCAGGUGCUGCGGAAUCGGGGCUACGCCAUGGAUGACGCGGAGGAGGAGCUGAAGAAAAAGCUCAGUCAGCUGGAGCGGUCGGUCUUUGACCCGUCACUGAACGGACGAGCGGAGGAGAUCUGGGCGCGCAUGCUGGCUAUCCGGGAGCAUUCUCGGCGUCUACAGCAGGAGAUGGAGCGGGCCGGGCCCGGCGCGGCGGCGCAGGCGGACGACGAGCUGGACGAGCAGACGAUGAAGACGGCCAAGAAGAUAUUGGAUGACUACCACACGCAAAUCCAACACUUGCAGAAGGAACUCGAAGCAGUGAGAAAGGACUUUGAGGAGGCACAGAAGCUUCCCGGGGGUGCCGUGAACCACUGA